AUGUUCAGUGACAAAAUAUUAGAAGCAGUCUCUUUUCAUUCAUCAUGGAAGAGGGAAAGAUCUCUAGCCAAUGGUUCAAUGCAAACAGAUGACUUGGAGACAUUUGAGAGGGCAUCACAGUCUGUGAAAAGAAGAGAUAGAGAAGUACAGACUGACGAUGAUGGCCACCAGAAAACCAGGAUGGCAGAGGACACUGUUGGACGACUUGGAGAGUUCUUAUCCAACAUAGAACCAGUCAUUAUCAGAGAACUUGACAGAAAUUUAAAGAGUCAUGCAUUUGAUGACUUCAAUGUUGGCUGGGAUGAUGAGGUUGCCUCUGUCACUUGUGUCCAUAAACUCACCAAUCCUGAAAUCAAUGAGGAUUUACAUAUCACAGGAAUUACCUGGAACUCUACAGGUGCAGUCAUUGCAGCAUCAUAUGGUCGUUAUGAUCAUGAGGACUGGUGUACACAUAAAUCAGCAUUGUGUACAUGGAAUUUGGGGAGAAGGAAUAUCAACGAGAACAAACCAGACACAGUCAUUGACCUGUCCUCUUGUCUAACCUGUGUUGCCUUUCAUCCGAAGAAUCCUGCUAUCAUCGCAGGGGGCACAUAUGACGGGGAGGUUAUGAUGUGGGAUUUGAGUCGAGAAGAUGACAUGUUGGUGACUAGCUCUGGUAUAGGGGAUGAUGCCCACAGGGAGCCUGUGACUCGAGUGCAUUGGAUACCAGACAACACGACGUCCAAGAGAGACCGCUAUCUGCUUGUCAGUACAAGUGGUGAUGGCAAAAUAUUGGUGUGGAAACAUGACAGAAAGAAGGAUGUCAUCAAAUUAUCAGAUGGGUUUAUCCUCAUGGCCCAGAACUUACCAAAGGAGUUGAAGAAGUCACGAGGGAUACGAGGAGACAAGGAAGUUGGAGUGACAUGUCUGUCCUACAACUGUGAGGAUCGUGAUGCCUUCCUCAUUGGAUCAGAACCUGGGGCAGUGUUCAGAUGCUCUAUGCAGUCACAUGGGGAACCAGCUGGAAGUCACAUUAUCUCAUCUGUACAACUCCACUCACCUGUAACAUUUACUUACAAUCCACAUCAUGCCCCUGUUUACUCGGCGGAGUUCUCUCCCUUCCACAGAAAUGCAUUCUUGAGUUCAUCAAUGGACCAGACUAUCAGACUCUAUAGUAUGUUACAGAAACAACCAGUACUGACCAUAGAGCCGGGAGAGGGUUUUAUAUCCUCUACAAAGUGGUCACCCAUCCGUCCAUCUCUCAUUGCGGCGACGACCGAGUCUGGAUAUCUGUUACUGUAUGACUUGAGAAAUGAACAACCUGUACCUAUUCAAAAACUGGAGGCCAGCAUUAACAAGUCAGCAGUACAUACCUGUCAGUUCAACCCUAACCAAUUUGAGUUACUUGCGACUGGAGAUGGAGCGGGGUUUGUGCAUGUGUUCAAGCUCAGCCAAGAUCUGAAAACUAGCAACUCCAAAGACAUUGAAGCUAUCAAUAUUUUGGUUGACAUAGAAUCUUAACAACAGUUGAAGACUAGCGUACAACACACUGUAACUACAGGCACAGAUAAAUAUGUACUAAUGUAAUUAUCCACAAGGGAUGAACACAGAAGCUUUAUCAGAACAAGCUGCAUAAGGAAAUCAUGUUUGAAUACAUGGUGUGUAUUAAAAAAAGACAUUAUUCCCUGCAAGGCAUUGUGUUACAUUCCAAGGGCAAGAUAAUGUCUGUGAUCAUGGAAGACUUUCUUUUAAGAAUCACAAAUUGUUGAAAGUAUGAUAGUGUGAAAUGUCAGUACCACUUUACAAUGUCCACAUGCAUUAUAAUUGAUAAACAAGGACUUUGUCAAAAUGUCUUCUCCCAAAAGCUUGUUAUGAAAACUUGUUGUGAAGAAAGCAUAUCUUGGUAGGUGAAAUUUUAAUAAAUUUUAGAAUAUAUGUGAAUAAUUCCGUCCAAACAAGCUGUAGUACAGGAAGAUUUACUGUGAUAUGUUUGUAGAAUAUAAGAUUUCUCAAAAUAAAGUUAGUUAUGAUACAUAA